AAAUUCUUGGUCUGAUCGGGCUAAAACAGGAAAAUACUACGCAUAUACAGCUGUAGUUUCUGACUAUCACACUAAGAAUUUGAAUCCUUGUGUUUCAGAUAAGACUCCAUGGAUAACCAAAAUCAAGUUCUACUCCUUCAGUUCAUGCCAACCGCUGAACAAGCUUGAAGUUAGCCUCUGUCACUGCAUUUGA